AUGAAAAAUGUUAUGUCCUCGGUCAAUAGUUCAUGUAUUCACCCCUCAUCUUUCCUUCUACUGGGAAUCCCAGGACUGGAAAACAUACAACUCUGGCUUGGCUUCCCCUUUGGUACAGUGUAUCUGAUUGCCCUUCUGGGGAAUAUCAUUAUCCUCUUUGUGAUCCAGACUGAGCACAGUCUCCACCAGCCCAUGUUCUACUUAUUGGCCAUGUUGUCUAUGACUGACCUAGGCCUGUCUACUGCCACCAUCCCCAAAAUGCUGGGCAUCUUCUGGUUUGGCUUCAGGGAGAUUGCCUUUGGUGGCUGUUUAUCUCAAAUGUUCUUCAUACACUUGUUUACAGGUAUUGAAACAUUCUUACUUGUAGCCAUGGCCUUUGACCGCUAUGUUGCCAUCUGCCACCCUCUCCGGUACAACACAAUCCUCACCAACAAAACAAUUUGUGUUAUUGUUGGAGUAGGAAUAGGGAAGAAUUUUGUUUUGAUUUUUCCACUGGUAUUUCUUCUUCUGAGGCUUUCAUUCUGUGGACAUAAUAUUAUCCCCCACACCUACUGUGAGCACAUGGGCAUUGCACGUCUGGCCUGUGUCAGCGUCAAAGUCAAUAUAAUAUUUGGACUACUUCUUAUUUCUAUGAUUCUUUUGGACAUUAUUUUGAUUGCUAUCUCUUAUGUGAAGAUUCUGCAUGCUGUCUUCAAGUUCCCAUCUUUGGAGGCCAGGCUCAAAGCUCUCAAUACCUGUGGUUCCCAUGUGUGUGUCAUCUUAGCUUUCUUUACUCCAGCCUUUUUCUCCUUUAUGACUCAUCGAUUUGGCCAGAAUAUUCCACGAUAUAUCCACAUCCUUCUGGCUAAUUUAUAUGUGAUCAUCCCCCCUGCCCUAAACCCUGUUAUUUAUGGGGUCAGAACCAAGCAGAUCCGAGAUCGGGUAAUGACAAUCUUCCUUUUCAAGGAAGUUUGA